GAGAGAGAGAGAAAGGGGAUGGAUGUGAGGUGUUGGGGUGGUAGACUUAAAUAUAUUUGACAAAUGGUUGAAUAUUAAGGGCAAAGGAGACUGGUCCUUCAUAUAUUGAGGAUGACUCUGUGUUGGAAACCUAGUUGACUGAAGGUAUUUGCCCUCAACAAGAAUAGAGAAUUAGGAAAAAGGGAGGGUUCAAGUUAGGAAUAAUUGCCAGUGAACACUCAGAUAAACCCUUUAAAAACUACAUUUUCUGAAGAGCAGAAACGUCAAUUAUGGAUUAUUAACAGAAAGGAAAAGUGUUCCCUGAAACUUUUACAACAUGGUCUUAAUGUUGACCAGGCUUUUAUUGCUUUUCCAUGUUAUUGUUAUUUACAUUUUUGUAGUCAUUGUAUACAUUGUUCUUUUGGUUAUUCUUUCUUUAGUCUGCAUUUCACUUAGCAUAAGUCUUCCCUGAAUUCUGAAUUCAUUUUUGCCAUUCUUUAUGUCAGGUAAUAUUUCAUUGCAUCCAUGUGUCAUAAUUUGUUCAGGCAUUCUCUAGUAAUUGGGAACAUUUUGUUUCCAGUUUUUAAAAAAUCAUAAAUAAUGCUAUAAUGAAUAUUUUGGACAUUUAGAUCUUUUAUUGCUGUCAGUAACUUUGGAAUGUAUUCACCAAUAGGUAUGGAGCUGUUUUUUUGUAGCGGCAAGGAAUUAGAAAUUGAGUGGAUGUCCAUCAAUUGGGGAAUAGUUAAACAAAUGAUGGCAUAUGAAUGUAAAGGAAUAUUAUUGUUCUAUAAGAAAUGAUGAGCAGGCUGAUUUCAGAAAAGCCUGGAAAGGCUUAUAUGAACUGAUGCUGAGUGAAGUGAGCAGAACCAGAACAUUGUGCACAGUAAUAGCAAAAUUACAUGAUGAUUGGCUCUUCUCAGCAAUGCAAUGAUGCAAGACAAUUCCAAUAGACAUGGGAUGGAAUGUGCCAUCUGCAUCUAAAGAAAGAACUAUGGACACUGAAUAUGGAUUGAAGUACAAUAUUUUCACCUUUUUUUGUUUGUUUCCUUUUUUUCUUGUGUAUUUUUCUCUUUUGGUCUGAUUUCUCUUUUUACAACAUGACAAAUAUGGAAAUAAGUUUUAAAGCAUCGUACAUGUAUAAUCUGUAUCAGAUUGCUUGCUGUCUUAGAGAAGGGAGAGGAAAGGAGGGGGGAGGAAAUGGAACACAAAAUCUUACAAAAAUAUAUGUUGAAAACUAUCUUACAUUUAGUUGAAAAAAAAACAAUUAGUUGGGAAAAAAAAACCAUUUAGUUGGAAAGUGAGAAAAAACUAGAUACAAAUCUGAAAGGGAUUUAGAUGCCAUUUGUUCUUACUUCCUCAAUUUAUAGAUGAGGAGACAGAGGCUCAGAAAGGUAAAAUGGUUUACUUAAGUCACAUAAGUAAUGAAUAAAUGAAAAAGCAUUUAUUAAAUGCUUACUUUGUAGCAAGCACUAUGCUAAGCACUAGGGAUAUGAGUUUAAAACAAAACAGUUCAUUCCCCUAAGAAGCUUAUAUUCUAGCAGGAAGAGACUAGCCAUAUUGGAAAAGAGUGAUAUCUAAAGAGAAACAUUUUGGUCAGGAAAUUUACUAGGACAGUCUGAUGUUUGAUAUCCCCUUUUCUUGCUUUCUUUUUUUGCAUUUUUUAUUAAAGCAUUUUUAUUUACAAAACAUAUGCAUGGGUAAUUUUUCAACAUUGACUCUUGCAAAACUUUCUGUUCCAGAUUUUUCCCUUCUUCCUCCCACUCCCUCCCCUAGAUGGCAGAUAGUCCACUACAUGUUAAAUAUGUUAAAAUAUAUGUUAAGUGUAUUGGUCUACCUGCUAUCUGGGGAAAUGGGGAGGAGGAAGGAGGGGAAAAGUUGGAACAGAAGGUUUUGCAAAGUCAAUGCUGAAAAAUUACCCAUGCAUAUAUCUUGUAAAUAAAAAGCUUUAAGAAUAAAAAAAGAAAAAAAAAUAUAUGUUAAAUCCAAUAUAUGUAUACAUAUUUACAUAGUUAUCUUGCUGCACAAGAAAAAUUAGAUCUAGAAAGGAAAAAAAAACUGAGAAGGAAAACAAAAUGCAAGCAAACAAUAACAGAAAGAGUGAAAAUUCUAUGUUGUGGUCCACACUUAUUUUCCACAAGCCUCUCUCUGGGUGUGGAUGGCUUUCAUCACGGAACAAUUGGAACUGGUUUAAAUCAUCUCAUUGUUGAAGAGAGCCAUGUCCAUCAGAAUUGAUCAUUGUGUAGAUGUGUUAUGGCCUUGUUAAUGAUCUGGUUCUGCUCAUUUCAUUUAGCAUCAGUUCAUGUAAGUCUCUCCAAGGUUCUCUGAAAUCAUCCUGCUGGUCAUUUCUUGCAGAACAAUAAUAUUCCAUAACAUUUAUAUACUAUAAUUUAUCCAGGCAUUCUCCAAUUGAUGGGCAUCCACUUAAUUUCCAAUUUCUAGCCACUACAAAGAGGGCUCCCACAAACAUUUUUGCACAUACAGAUCCCUUUCCCUUCUUUAGUAUCUCUUUGGGGUAUAAGCCUAGUAGAAACACUGCUGGAUCAAAGGGUAUGCGGUUUGAUAACUUUUUGAGCAUAGUUCCAAAUUGCUCUCCUGAAUGGUUGGAUCCAUUCACAGUUUCACCAGCAAUGUGAUACCCCCUUUUCAAGAACAGUGGUAGAGUUGUGAUUUGAUCAUAGUUUCAUAAUUGGGCCUUAGGGCUGUCACAAUAGGUACAUUCUCCAGCAGUCUGGUUUCUGAGGUUGUCAAGAAAGAUGGCCAGAAGUAGGGAAGGAGUGAAGUGAAGCAUGAUUAAAAUUGUGAUCUAGGAGAGAGUUGAUUGCAAACUGAAGUGAAGAGUUGGAUUAAGAAGUGAAAAGGUGGUUGUGAUGCUGUCAACUGUUGAAGGGGGAACAUGGGAUUCUGAACUCAGGACUUGGCAAAUACAGAUGCUUCAAGAUGAAACGCCACAGGCAUCUAAGCAGCAGUGACAGUUCAGACAAUGAGAGUCCUUCCACUUCCUUUUCUUCCUGCUCAAAAUAUAGGAGCAAGUCAAAAACUCCAUCAAAGGAACAAAAGAAACCUGCUGAGGUAUUCCGGAAGGACCUCAUCAGUGCCAUGAAACUCCCAGAUUCACAUCAUGUUAAUCCUGAUGAAUAUUACCUCUUUGCGGAUACAUGGAAAGAAGAAUGGGAAAAGGGUGUUCAGGUACCAGCCAGUCCAGACACUAUUCCACAGCCUUCUCUCAGGGUGGUCUCAGAGAAGGUGAAAGAAGUACUGUAUAUUCGGCCCAGGAAGUACAUCCAUUGCUCCAGCCAGGAGCCCACAGAACCAGGUUACAUUAAUAUCCUCGAGCUGGCGGAGUCUGUGUGUCGCUAUGACUUGGAUGACAUGGACAUUUUCUGGCUUCAAGAACUCAAUGAGGAACUCAAAGAAAUGGGGUGUGGUACAGUUGAUGAAAACACUAUGGAAAAGACUGUAGAAGUCUUGGAACGACAGUGCCAUGAAAACAUGAACCACGCUAUUGAAACAGAAGAAGGCUUGGGCAUAGAGUAUGAUGAAGAUGUCAUCUGUGAUGUAUGCCGUUCUCCUGACAGUGAAGAAGGGAAUGAUAUGGUGUUCUGUGAUAAGUGUAACAUCUGUGUUCAUCAGGCAUGUUAUGGCAUUCUCAAGGUUCCAGAAGGAAGCUGGUUAUGUCGUACCUGUGUUCUGGGCAUUCAUCCUCAGUGUCUUUUGUGUCCAAAGAGAGGUGGAGCCAUGAAGGCCACCAGGACUGGAACCAAAUGGGCUCAUGUCAGCUGUGCUUUAUGGAUCCCAGAGGUCAGCAUUGCCUGCCCUGAAAGGAUGGAACCAAUCACAAAAGUCUCUCAUAUCCCACCUAGCCGAUGGUCUUUAGUCUGCAGUUUAUGCAAGUUAAAGACAGGAGCUUGUAUUCAGUGCUCUGUAAAAAGUUGUAUCACAGCUUUUCAUGUUACCUGUGCAUUUGAACAUAGCCUAGAAAUGAAGACUAUUCUCGAUGAAGGGGAUGAAGUCAAAUUCAAGUCAUACUGCCUCAAGCAUAGCAAAAACAAGCAGAGCUCUUUGACUGAUGCAAGUGAUCAUUCCCAAAGUACUGGUGAUCACAACCAGAUUGAAAGUGAGAAAACCAGUCUGCGGGCCCAGAAAUUAAGAGAGCUAGAAGAGGAAUUCUACUCUCUGGUAAAAGUAGAGGAUGUUGCUGCGGAACUUGGCCUUCCAAAACUUGCUGUGGACUUCAUCUACAAUUACUGGAAAUUAAAACGAAAAAGUAAUUUUAAUAAACCAUUAUUUCCUCCUAAGGAGGAUGAAGAAAAUGGCCUAGUGCAGCCAAAAGAAGAUAGCAUCCAUACCCGCAUGAGAAUGUUUAUGCAUCUGCGACAGGAUCUGGAGAGAGUCAGAAACCUCUGCUACAUGGUCAGCAGGAGAGAGAAGCUGAAACUGUCUCACAGCAAAGUUCAUGAACAGAUCUUCAAUUUUCAAGUCCAGCUUGCUAAUCAGGAAAUUGCCACAGGACAUCCUCUGACGAGUGCACUAGAAAACACACUGUUUUAUCCACCUCCAAGAAUAACUUUAAAGUUAAAAAUGCCUAAAUCAGCACUGGGAGAUUGCAAAAACAACUCAAUGAAAACCAAUAACAGACCUCUCUCACCUGAUGAAAAUAGCAACUCAGCUCCAAAUUACAACAAAAAAAGUAUGCAGAUGUCCCAGGAGACAUUUGAAAUGAGAAUGAAAUCCUAUUCCAGAUAUUCCCAUGACAGCAGGAGUAAUGGGCUACUGGCCAGUCUCAGCCAUUCUAGGAAUGAGGCAAAAGAGUCUUGUCUAGCCCAGCCUUCUGAAUUUCAUCGUGGGCAAUCUCUCGGGAAGCCUUUGGCACUUCAAGCUGCACUGCAGGGACAGUCUUCCAUUGGGAAUGGGAAAAUACAACAGAAUUCUAGAUUUGCAAAGUCAAAUGGCUUGAUGGGCAACAGCAGAUCAGGAGAUAUCACACAGAGAGAUAAUUCUAGUCAGACUCCAUAUGAACAAGAGCCUGUGCUUUCCUCUCACUUGUCUAGCCAGAGCAGCUUUAGAAAAUCUUCCAUUGAACAUUUCAAUAGGUCCUUUAAAGAGGCAACCAACAGUUUGGUGAGGACCACAGAAGACCUCAGAUGCUGUGAAAAGUCAACAAGAAGACUUAACACCAAGGAGCGUUUGUGGUGUAAGCAGACUCUUGAAUAUCAGACAGGAGGAGCACCAUAUCAGGAAAAUGACGGGUAUUGCCCUGAUUUGGAACUUAGUGACUCGGAGGCGGAAAGUGAUGAGAAUAAAGAGCAAGUCAGGAUAAGAAGAAAUAGCUCAGACAGGGAAAGUCCUUCUAAAGAUUUUGGAAGAGAUUGUCGCAGCAGAAAUAAAACAAAUGUGGUUUCUCACAGUUCAGUGCAAAGGUGAUUAGAAACUUGAAAGGGUCACUCAACAUUUAUAUAAUCCCAGUGUAUUGGUGCAAACCUAGACACCAAAGGAUUCUAGAAUUUAAUGCCUAUGUUAGGAGAAAAUGCAAUGAGAAAAGGGUGAAGUAACAGUGAAUUGGCCAGCAGUUUUAAAAAGACUCACAAACCCAGCUUCUGCAAGGGCAUAUAGGAGUCAGCAGAUUUUUAAUCGUUUUUGGUUCUGUUAUUGGGAAUGUGUGUAUGUAUGUACGUAUGUAUGUGAUAAAUGUGUGUGCAUGCAUGAAAGAGAGAACAAGGAAUAGCCGAGCACAUGGUGGAUGCUCAAAAAUACUUGUGUUUGCUUUUUUACUUCAGGAACCUAUUUUCAUUAUGCCGGGUUCUCAGCAAGACUUAUUGUUAGCAAUAAGUAAUUGAAGUGCCAGGUUGCCACUGGUAGCCAUAGGAAUUAAGAGCCCUUGCUUUUGUUAAGGGGUUACAAGAGAGUGUGUUUUGCAGACACUACAACUACAUUCCUAUUGCUCCUGCAGUACCUAACUACUAAACCAAGAUCCUGCUCUGGUGUCAGUUUCUAAUUCUGUGCAAAUCUAUAAACUGUCUUCAGAGUAGAGAUCAAAAGACCAACAGUAUGGAUGCUGCCAAACUCACUGACCUCUAGAUAAGCCUCUUUCUUUACCCCCUUGCAAAAAGGUUGUUUCUCUUUAGAGUACCUUGCUUUAUUCUGUAAAUAUUGCCCCUCUAGGACUUUAAUUUUUGGUGCCUGUAUAUAGGAUUGCUUGUUUGGGGAAUGCACUUGUAAAUAUGUUACCCAGCUAACAAGUACAAAUGGCUAAUUUGUGGAUAGUGUUUACAAAAGUAGAGGUACUACUUUAAAGGAAAAUGCUCUGAUGUUUAAAUUGAGGCAAUCAUGGAGGAGGAUGCCAGGACCCUCCCUCAAAUGAGACCUUAUCUCCCUUGGGGCUAUUUAUACCUGGUAUUUAAAAAUAAUAAUAAUAAUAAUAAGCUUGACUUAAUUCAUUUCGUCUGACAGUUUUGUAUGUUUGCUUUUAUUUUGAAGCACAUUUUUAUUGCCAAACAGAAUUUGUAAGCAUAUGUUGAACACAUAUGGACAUAGUAAGCUGCUUAUCAAACUCGGAUUGGAAGCAAUAUCCCAAACUAAAAGCCCUUUGUUUUCUUUUGAGAAACAGCAGGCUUCCUGAUCCCAAAUCUUUCCACCUUACACUUUUUAUUGCAGGGGAUAAUCAUUGGAUUUAUCCCUCUUCUAAUCAGAAAAAUGUUGCAUACCUAAUUUAAAAGGCGCCAUAACUGGUGAUAAAUGCCAGUUCUAGGUUUUUUGUUUGUUUGUUUGUUUUUGUAGCUUUAAUUUAGUAUUCCCUUGCUUUUAGUUUGGGAAAGCACAAUAGAAAUGAUCAAUAAAUAUUUUUUAAAGGCCA